UCAAACAAGUGGCUGGGGGCUUGAUGAAAAGCGAACACAUGCAGUCUGGCACCGGUAACCUACGGGAAUCACACACUACCUCUCAUUCCUGAUUCUCUUCUUUGCUAUUGAAAGGUGAUAAAAGGAAUCCGCAGAACUUCAAGAGGACUGUUGCUGCUGUAGCUCAAACCCCUGAGAGAAGAUUAAGGAAAACUCAAAAAUCUUUGUAUUCACUUUAUUUUUGGGCAAAUACUUCCACUAUGAAGAUGUUGAACAUGGACUUGCUGGUUUUAAGUUUCUGCCUUGGCCUGGGGACGGGAUACAGGACAAGCUCCGACUCUACUGUUGGCAAGAGACAAUAUCAGAUCCAAAACGGCCCGUGUAGUUACACCUUUCUGCUGCCAGAGCAGGAAAACUGCCAAACUCAGAGCAGCAACUACAACCCAAUUCAAAAGGAUGGACCCGCAGACAGUGACGAGUCGACUCAUAGGUUGGAGCAGCUUGAGAUCAUCAUGGAGAACAACACACAGUGGCUACUUAAGCUGGAGAACUACAUACAGGACAGCAUAAAGCAGGACAUGGUACAAAUCCAGCAGACCGCUGUGCACAACCACACGGCCACGAUGAUCGAAAUUGGGACGAACCUGCUGAGUCAAACUGCAGAGCAAACAAGGAAACUGACCAAUGUGGAAGCACAGGUAAUUACUCAUACAACUCGACUUGAGCGACAACUUCUUGAGAAUUCCAUAUCAACCAACAAACUGGAAAAACAACUGAUUAUCCAAACAAACGAAAUAAGCAAGCUGAAUGACAAAAACAGCUUUCUGGAGAAGAAGGUGGACGAGAUGGAGGAACAGAGGCAGGUGGAGCUGAAGACGCUUCGAGAAGAAAAGGAGCAGCUUCAGACAUUAAUACAGAAGCAGACAGCCUUCAUAGGCGAGCUGGAGACGCAGCUGCUCAAAGUCUCCUCCAACAAUUCCGUCCUGCAGAAUCAGCAAAAGGAGCUGAUCGACACCGUCAACAACCUCAUUCACACCUUCUCUAUGGGCACACCUCGAGAGACCAAACCUCCCAUGAUGCAGGAUACUCCCACCACAUACAUGGACUGUGCUGCUGUCUUCAAGUCCGGAAACACCCAGAGUGGCGUCUACACCCUCACGUUACCCAACACGACUCUGGAGGUUAAGGCUUUCUGUGACAUGGAGACGGAGGGAGGCGGCUGGACAGUACUACAAAAACGCUUUGACGGCGGUGUUGACUUUCACCGUACGUGGCAAGAGUUUAAAAAGGGGUUUGGAGAAGCUUCGGGUGAAUUUUGGUUGGGAAAUGAAUUUGUUUCCAGAUUGACAAGUCGACAAUCUUACAAACUAAGGAUCAUGCUGGGCGACUGGGAAGGAAACUCUGGAUUCUCCCAAUAUGACCAGUUUUCUCUUGAUGGCGAAGCACAGAAUUACAGGAUACACCUUAAAGGCUUCAGUGGAACAGCAGGCAAAAUAAGCAGCAUUGGGCAGCCAGGAAGUGAUUUCAGUACAAAGGAUGCAGACAACGACAAAUGUGUUUGCAAAUGUUCACAACUGACAACAGGGGGUUGGUGGUUUGAUGCCUGUGGUCCAUCCAAUUUAAAUGGGAUGUAUUACCAACAAGGCCAAAACUCAAAUCGCUUCAAUGGAAUCAAAUGGUACUAUUGGAAAGGCUCGGGCUACUCACUGAAGACCACCAUGAUGAUGAUCAGACCGGUGGACUUCUCAGAUUAAUCACAGUGGGAAGGAAAAUUCUGCCACUUACACUAAAACCAAAACGUAAAGAUACUCAAGGGAUCCAAAGCACCUCAUGAUGUAAUUUCUACAAAGGCA